AUGAAAAAUGAAAUAAGGAAAAUUGAGCAUAACUAUGGCAUUGAAUACGUUUCAGAACGAAGGGAAAAGAAAAGGGAGGUUCUGUUGGCCAUACUAACUUUGACCGCGUACUACCUGUAUUGUCUCUACUCGGGAUACAAGAAGGGAUACGUUUCGCUAGACGAAUUUCAAUUUUUCCUGUUUGUUCUGUACAUCUCGUUUAUCAUAAUAUACCUGAAUAAUCAUUACAUUGAAAGGCUAUUCCUUGUGAACAACAUUGGAAUACAAAUUGAGAGGAAAAGUUGUUUCCGACAUCGGUUAAAAUUUAUUUGCAUAAGUGACAUAAAGAACAUCUUUAUAAACGAGGCCAUUUACAUAUUCGAGAUUUGCCCCUAUUUGUGCAUCACGUUGCGGAACAAUAAGCUCAUCGUCUUGUUUGAGAACUUCAACCUAGGAAUGAAAAGUCUCGUGUAUAUAUACAGGGACGUGAAAAGAGUAAUCGAUCGUAGUUAUAAGGAGGAGUUUAUAGGUGUCAAAGCUGUGGAAGUGAAAGAACAGGAAGAACACGGAAGUAGAGAAGAACAAAAUUGUACUGUUCCAAAUGAGGUGUGCUCAACAAAUAAUCCCUCUUCAAGCGAAGAGGAAAAUAUUUUCAAGCUUUUGAAUUUUAGUUCAUGCGAUAAUUACAAAAUAAAUGAUGAAGUUAGGGAAAGGGCAAAAAUAAAAACGUACGACAUAUACAUAAAUAAAAAAUUAGCACUGGACAUAAUGAAUAGUUGA